GCGCCGGCCCCUCCCGGCAUGCCCCGCGCGCGGCGGAGGCCGGCGCGCCUGCGCGCUGCGCGGCCGGCUCCCAGCUCAGCGCAAGAUGGCGGCGGGCGCCUCGGACCCCCUGGAAGAGAUGCUGCUCUUCUCCGAGGAGGUGGACGAGAAGGCGGUCAGCGACCUGGUGGGCUCCUUGGAAUCGCAGCUGGCCGGCGGCCGGGGCUCGGCCGAGGGGCCCCAGCCCAGGACCUCCGCGCCGUCGCAGCAGCAGCAGCCGCAGCAGGGGAGCCUAGCGGGGGGCAGCAGCCCCGACCGGCAGCAGCAAGGGCAUCCCGCGCCGCCUCCUCCUCCCGGGGCCGCGGAGGCGUCCGGAGCCGCCGAGAGCCGAGCCCCUGCCCAGGGGCCGCUCCCGUCCCCGUCCCCCCCGGCGGCGGCAGCGGCGGCGGCGGCGGCGGCAGGGAGGGGAGCGAGUGUAAACAGUAGUAGUGUGCAGCAAUCACAUGGAGCGGCUCCGCGCUGCGGCAGCCCCGGCGCGCCCGCCGCCCCCGCCCCGCCGCCCGCCGCCGCGCCCCCGCCCGCCGCCGCCCCUGCCCAGCCUGUCAACAACCAUGUGGCCGCCCCCGCGGCCGCCGGCGGAGCCCGGGCGGCGGGCAGCCCCAGCCCCGGCGGCAGCCCGCCCGCCGCGGCCACCAGCGCGCCGCCGCCGCCGCCGUGCGCUGAGGCCGCCGCCGGGGGGGCCGGGGCGGCGGGCGGCGGGCGCGCGGGGGCGGCGGAGGGAGCCGGAGCCGCCGCCGCCUCAGCGCCCGCGCCGCUCCCCGGCGAGGCGGCGCACAACGGCGAGGGCGCCGGGGGCCGCGCCGCCGCGGCGGCGGGCGGGCCGGCGGCAGUCGCACAAGUCAGCACCCCCCAGAGCCCCGCCGCCGCGCAGCCCCCGCCCGCGCACGGCCCGCUGCCCGCCGUGACGGCGCUCAGCCUCUCCGCCGGCCCGGCCCCCAGCGCCGCCGCCCCGCCGGGCCCGGGCGCGGGCGCCAGCGCGGCCCCCAGCGCCGCCGCCCCCAGCGCGGCGCCCAAGCCCGCCGCCGCCGCCGCCAAGGCGGGCGCUGCCCCCGCCGGCGCCCCCCAGGCCCUGUCGCCGCGGCCGGCGCUGGGCGCGGCCCAGCGCAUCGUCGCCCCGCAGCUCAUCGUGAGGCCGCCGCAGCAGACCACCAUCCAGCUGCCGCCGGGCUUCACCAUCCCGCCGGGUAUGGUCUUGGUGCGCACGGAUGCUGGACAGCUUGUCAUGGUCCCUCAGCAGGCUCUAGCACAGGCUCAAAUGCAGGCUCAAGUACAAACACAGGGACAGGGUCCUACCAGCAUUUCACCCAGACUUUCAGUGCCCACAAGUGGUCCAGUGUUUCGGCUAUCAACAACUCAGCAACCAACUUCUGUAGCCACAUCUACUGUCCGCCUAGGACUUCCAGUGCAAGCCAAAGUUGUUCAAUCAACGGCUACGCCAGUUAGUGCUACUUCUGCUGCGACUCUACCAGGUGGCUCUAUUCUUUCACAUACCACAGUAUCAGUAGCUGCAACAAGUGCUCAAAGUUUAUUCAAGACAACAGUAGCAACUGGAACAUCAGCUUCUCAACAGCCUGCAGUAAUUACUGGUGGACAAACUCAAGCUUCAGUGCAAACCCAGGGUCAGCCUCGGCUGCCACUUCCACCUCAUACAACAGCACAAGUACCAGCACAGCCCCAGGUCAUACCAAGCUCUCCUGUACCCGGAACUACAGUGGUAUCGCAGGAAAUGCAAGAGAAUGUGAAAAAAUGCAAAAACUUUUUAGCUACCCUUAUAAAACUUGCUUCUCAUAAUUCACCUUCUCCAGAAACGUCCCGUAAUGUGAAAGCUCUGGUUCAGGAUUUGUUGGAUGCAAAGAUUGAUCCAGAAGAAUUUACAGGCCGCCUUCAAUCAGAGCUCAAAUCAUCUCCUCAGCCAUAUCUUGUACCUUUCCUUAAGAAAAGUCUACCUGCAUUGAGACAAUCUUUACUGAAUAGUCAACAUUCAGUUUUGCAAGGACAGCCGUCUCAGCAGUCACUUCAGCAAACCAAGCUAUCACAAGUUAUACCUCAAUCUGCCUCUGGAAGUAUUUCCGCUGUUGUCACAACGCAGACAAUAGGAAUAAGGCAACCAAACAACAUUUGCACGGUCUCUGUAUCAAAUACAGUGCAGCCUCCUCAGGUUAAGGUGGUACAGUCAAAUCAGAGUUCUCAACUGCAGAUUAUCCAGUCAACAUCUGCUCAAACUGUGAAACGAAACCCUGCUUGCCAGACUACCCAGAUUAGGAUGCCAGUGGUAAUAACUCAGACCAUUAGACCACCAGGCACAGUAGGGAAGGCACCAACAAUACAAGCCAGCAAAAGUCCUGGGGGCUUCGGUGUUCAGGUCUCUGCAAAUCAGAAAAACAAGCUGAAUGACCCUGGAGGUGGUUCUUUCAGAGAUGAUGAUGACAUCAAUGAUGUUGCCUCUAUGGCUGGUGUUAAUCUAAAUGAAGAAAGUGCCCGAAUUAUGGCUACCAACUCUGACUUGGUUGGAACCCAGAUACAGUCCUGUAAAGAUGAACCCUUUCUUGCUGCUAUACCUCUACAUAAACGCAUACUUGAAAUGGCUAAAAAAUUAGGAAUUACUGAUGUGCCAGCUGAGGUGGUUACUUUUAUUUCCCAUGCAACACAGAACAGAUUAAGAACAGUGAUAGAAAAAGUAACAGUGAUAACCCAGCACCGAAUGGAAUCACACAAAGAUGAUGAAUGGUAUGAACAAGCUACAGAUGUCCGAUCACAGUUAAAGUUUUUUGAACAGUUAGAGCGUUUAGAAAAGCAAAGGAAAGAUGAACAAGAGAGGGAGAUCUUGCUAAAGGCUGCCAAGAGUCGCUCAAGGCAAGAAGACCCAGAGCAGGCUAGACUGAAACAAAAAGCAAAGGAGAUGCAGCAACAAGAACUUGCACAAAUGAGGCAGAGGGAUGCCAACCUGACUGCACUGGCAGCUAUUGGUCCCCGCAAGAAGCGGAAGCUUGAUUCGCCUGGACUGCUUACCAUAGGAGGAGAGGGCCUCAGUGUGUCCGGUGGAAGUCAGGCUGGCUUGGGGACUCCUUCAUCCAGGCAGUAUGCACGACAGAAAAUAACUCGCGUAAACCUCAGGGACUUCAUCUUCUACAUGGAACAGGAAAGAGAAACAAGCCAUUCUCUCCUGCUCUAUCGAGCUCUGCUUAAAUAAAGCCAAGAAUUGUACUGAUAUCUCUCCAUACAGAAGCUCAACUUGCAUUGAAAAGCUGUCAUUUUAAUGUGCCUUCUAUUUUUUUCCGAAGUCAAUGUUUCUGUAGUUUGUUUUGCAAAAUCGUCAGACACAUGCAAUAAAUUCCCUUUAUGUAAAAAUUUAAAAAAAUGUGCAAAAGGUUUUAAAAUGUUAAAUCCACAAAUACAAUCAAUUUCUACGUCUUACUCCAUUUGGGCAUUUUGAAUGAGGCUAAAAUAGACCACACUGAAAUUAUACAAAUGGAAAGACGUGACUGCAAUGGCUUGCCUAAACUCUCACUCUGAGACAGACUGGGCCAGGUUCACAGGACUGGGAUCUAACCAUGGUGUUAACUUGUACGUUCACUUACGGUGCUGGGCUUGCUUUCCUUUAAGUUUCGCUGGCACUGCUUCCACUGACUAACCAUGGUGAUACCUGUUGUUGUUUUAGCUUAGUUAAAAUUGCAAUUUUUUGCACAGCUAAAAGAAUAGCCACUGCACACUCCCACAAAUUUUAUAUAUUUAGGAUUUUUGCUCUUACUGCACAGCUCAUUUCCUGAGCCAUUUGCUGAACCAAAUCCUAAGUGUAUGAAAUCUGUGCAUUCAGAUCCCAGCUGAGUUACCUUGACUAGCUCUUCCAGUUGUUUUCUAAACCUAUUCAACCUUUUGCACAUUUGUAGCAGCUGGUGAGUAACAUGAAUCAAAGUUGGGUUUUAUUUUCUAAAAAUAUCUUAAUUUAUUUAUUGCAAAGAGUAUGGUUUAAUGAUGGUUUUAAAAGAGAGUAUUGUUCAGUAAGGAUUUUAGAGUAUUCUAUAUGGAUUUUUAAAGUCACUGUGAAGGAAGUUACUGGGGGGCCGGUUCCACUUACUCGAAUCAGGAGAGCCACGGUAAGCGCGGGAGCCCGGUCCUGCCGUGCGGUCGGGGUCCUCGCUGCAGUGACUUUGCCUUGGAUCAUUGGACCUGAGGACUCCAGUCCAGAGAGGCUCAUAAACAAGUGCAUGACUCUAAGCAUAUGGGUAGUUUUAAGUACUUAAAGGUGGAAUGAAUGCUUUUUAAAUGCUUUGCUGAAUUGGAAUUUAAGGGGCCCACACCAAAGCCAAGCAAAGUUAGUGUGAGUCUUUUAAAUGGGAUAGGAAUACUAAGCAAGCAGGUGGGCACAAGGUGUACUUCAAAAAUAACAGUAUUAUCAGUAACCAUGGAAGGGAGACAUUUGCUUAUUUAUCUUUUCAAUUUUUACUAUGUUAUGCUUGCCACUUUUUUGAGGCAAUAUUUUUUUUUGAUGGGAAACCAUAGCGAAAGCACAAAUAGAACUAUUUGUCCAAUAGUUUUAAAAACAAAAGUUUUAAUUAUUUUUUAAGGUUUAUGAAAAGCAGAAGAAAAUUUAUACUGCUGCUAUUUAGCCAAAAGAUUAUUCAUAAGGUAUUUAAGGCCAGGAAGUGUAAAAUUAUGUUUUAAAUGUAUUGAUAAUUUGUACAUAUUGUUUAUAAAGGCCUUGUGUUUAUUAGAAUUACGUUAUUUUGAUGAUUUCUGUACAUACUCGUAAAUAUUCCCAAUUUGUGUGAAAACAAACUCCCUUAUUUGUACUUAUUUUGUAAAGAAAUAAAACAAUUUACUAAAGUAA